CUCUACUAUUCCUCCCUGUCUUGCUCAAGGGCUCUGCGGCUGGGCAUCGGUGGUUAGGAUUGUUGGAUCAGGGGUUUGGGUCCACGAAUGGGGACCUGCAGCGAUCUGUGAGGAGGAACUCAGAAGCCAUGAUUGACUGGCACAAUGGCACAGCGCCUGGCCAACAGGAAAAUGAACGGAGCACUGCGGAGAGGUCAGAGUGUGUGCUGGCUUACAUCCCUGUCAUCUACUACAGCAUUCUCUUGUGUGUAGGAGUGCCAGUGAACAUCCUAACAUUGGUUGCUCUUUCCCGGCUGGCUGUUCGUACUCAGAAGGCUCUGUACAUCUAUCUUCUGGCUCUAACAGGCUCGGACAUUCUCAGCCAGCUCUUCAUCAUCUUUGUGGGCUUCAUUCUCGAAACAGCCGUAUUCCAUCGAGAUGUCCCUGUGCUACUGCUCCGCUCGGUUAGCAUGUUUGAGUUUGCUGCUAACCAUGCCUCUAUCUGGGCCACGGUACCAAUCACAGUUGACCGCUACGUUGCUUUGUGCCACCCACUGCUCCACCGCCAAAUCAGCUACCCGGCACGGGCUAGGCGAAUCAUUGCGGCGGUGCUCAUAUUAGCACUUGCAUCUGGCGUGCCAUUCUUCUGGUGGUCCGACAUGUGGAGGGUCAGCCGCCCACCAAACAACAUGGAUACUACUUUGAUCUGGACCCAUGUGACUAUUAUCUACUUUUUUCCAUGCAGCAUCUUCUUGGUUUUAAACUCUUUGAUCAUCCUAAGGCUUCGGAAGAGACAGCAGCAGCAAAUGUGCCAUGACGAGAGUGGGCAGCAGUUGGCAGUGCCAGGCAAGCUGGGCAAAUCCACAGCUAUGCUGUUGGCAGUGACUUCAGUGUUUGCCGUACUGUGGGCUCCUCGUACCGGAGUGGUGCUCUAUCAUCUCUAUGUGUCAUCAGUGCACAAAGAUUGGCGCGUGCAUCUCGCGUAUGACCUAUCUAAUAUGCUAGCCAUGCUAAACACUGCUGUGAAUUUCUUUUUGUACUGUUUUGUCAGUAAGCCAUUCAGAGCAGCAGUGAGGGACGUCUUUUUAUUUCGGGGGGCCCCGUUGCACCCACGCCAGCCCCUUCAUCACCAGCGCACCCCUGCUAAUGCCUCUACAUCCUCUAUUUCCAGUGGCACCAAACGUUGUCAGAGAGAGGUCACCCCACUCUCACCCAAAAGUGCACACAUAAACCUGUAAUCCUGCUCACCUUUAAGUGAAGGAUUUUAGCUCUUAUUUAAAGGGAUAGUCCAUAACAUUCUGCCUGACAUCUUUGGUGUUCCAUGAAAGAAAGAAAGUCAUAAGGGGUGGAACAACAUGAGGGUGAGCAAAUAAUGGCAGAAUUUUCAUUUUGGGGUAACUAUUCAUUUUUUAAAGGUGAAGUGUGUAAUUCCUACACCACUAGUGCACUAAACGGAAUUUCAAAACAGGUUUCACAAACCAUAUGCUCAUAAGACAAAAGUAAUUUUCAGUACAUCCUGGACAUCUUCCAAUUAACUG